UGGGAAGGUUUAUUAGGAUGUGAUUUAAUUUGAGUCUCUCUGAAAAUUUAAAAAAUAAACCAUUUUAAUUGUGUUCAGCUUAAGUUGGUUUACCUUAAAAUAAGAUGUUGAAGUGGAUGAUUGCAACGAAAAUUCACAAUUGAUGGAUUUGUGAUGAAAAUCAAUUGAUUAUGUGAAUACCUAAAAUGACCAAAAGGCGAAAUAAUGAAGCUGAAGAAGAGAAGGAAUCCAUUCCUUUACCAAUACAAACCUUUCUUUGGCGACAAACAAGUCCUUUCAUCAGACCUAAAUUUGGUAAACAACAAGAUGCUUUGGCAAUGGAGCAACGUGAAGCAUGUAAAUCGUUUGAGAAGGUUCUUGUACAAAAUAUUCAAUUUGGUUUAUCACCAAGUUUAACUGAUGCAAUCAAAAGCAUCUCAAGGUGGAAACUUGUUCAAGCUUCUUUACCUCAUGUGAUGCAUUGUUGUUCAGCGUUACUUUACAAUCGGAAAAACAGUAACUUGGAUAAACUUGGUGCUGCUGAGACUAAACUAUUGUACACCCUUCAUUGGAUUGUCCUGGAUGCUGCUGAAGAAUGUGCUGAUGCUGAAAUUGAACAAGGAAUUAAUCGCCCGAUUGAUCAUUAUCUUCUUCCAAUAACAACUAUUGAGCUUUUUGUUUACCUUUUCUCUCCGCUCAUCUCUUAUCUAAAAAAUUCAGAUUUUCUAACAAGUUUUCGCCUCGAAAAUGGACAUAAAUUGUGGGGUCCAUUGUUUGAUUAUCAACACCCAGAUAUACCCAGUUUUGUUGCUCAGGUUAAACCCAGACGUAAUAUUUUGAGAGCCUCAAGGUUUGAAGGUAAACUAAGACCUAAAUUUGGUGAUGUUUUUCUUGGAGCUGAUGUCAAGGCUGACAAAGAUGAACAAGUAUCACCAUCCCAAGAAGACAAGAGAAUUGGAAAGUCAACUAGUCCCGUCCAUGGUUCCAAAACUAACGAAACAAUUGGUAAAUCAUCAAUCCCGCCAAUAGUUAAUAAUGAGAAGGCUGCCAACUUGGAAGAUGCUCAUGACGAUAAAAGUGAGAUGAAGAAAGAUGGUGAAGGAGUAGGGUUUAAACGCUUAUCAGAGCCCAUGAUGGCCACAUAUCUUGAUGUUGCGACUUUAAGAUGUCUCUUUACUUCACAAUGGCUAGAAGAGGGGAUUCAUUGGAGUCUCAAUUAUUUCAUUAAAAGAUUGAAAAGUAUUCAGGAACAAAUCAACGAAGCAGAUUUCCAGCGUCCUCGGAGUUCGUCUCUUCCUAUUCAAAGUAUCAACUUGUUUAAUUAUGGUCUUGACAAUUCAAUUAAAACUGAUUACUCUGGAGCUAAUUAUGAUCAACGUCUAUUUCCAUCAACAAAUUUAACUUCUUCAAGCCGAGUAGCCUCAUUUUCAGAACUCCGUCGUUCAUCAAUUAGUGGUAAUAGUAUUAAUUGGGGUGACCCAGGAGGUAAUUCAAGUAGUAGCAAUACAGGAUUUUUUGGUGGUUCAUUGAUCAGAAGAUCUGGUGGCUCAAAAAGACAAAAAACCAGAGAUACUCAGAGUAAUAUUAGUGAAUCAUCAACUGUUAAACAUGAUCAACCUGGUGAUAAAUCGUCAACGCCUUAUAUUAAUUAUUCAACUCGGCAAAAUGGUAAAUCAUUGGGAGAUGAUAUGCUAACUGGUUCAACCAAAAGUGAGGAUAGUAAAAAGCAGAGCAAAAAAUCUCCGCCAAGACCAAAAUCAGCUUUAGGAGUUCACGAUGAAUCAAGUAUAGACUCUAAAUGGUGUAAAAUUAAGUUUGAAUUAAUACGAGGCAAGAGCAUGCCUUCAUUGCAUCUAUUUGAUUCAGAUAAACAUGGCUCAGAUUCACCAAGUUUAGAAAGAGUUUCACGAAUUAGUGAUUCAAGACUUUCAUUUAAACGGGUAACAUCAACUGUUGGCCUUUCAGACGCUCUUAGUGGAACCAAUGCUGGAGUAACCAAUGGAGCAGAUGCAGGGGGAAUCUUUGGAAUGCCUGAAACAGUUGGUAAUCAAAGCCAAUUUACUGCUCCCAAUCCAAUAAUAACGGUAACUGAACAUUCUCCUGUUGCAUCAGUUCAAUUCUUUAUAAAUCAAGAACCAAAUGAUAGUUUAAAAGAAGAAGACCGUUCUGGGACUGUAAACCGGUCUAUUUAUUAUCCACCGUGUAGGCAAUACUCAAUAACUCGAAGUCAAACAGAUUCAAACAUAACAUAUUUCACUGAUCCAUCAAAUGAAGCUCCUGGAUCAAUUCACUAUAUCGCCAGAUCGGGCCAUUUAAGUUUACUUGUGAUCCUCAAAGCUGUCCAUUCGGUCAGUUUACGUGAUAAUGUUUGUUCUCAUCGAGUUUGCCAAGGUAUAAUCAAUAUACUUGAUUCCCUGAUAACCUUGGGCUUACUCCGUAAUUGUAAUUCAGCUGAUUUAUCAGAUAUGUUAACUACUACCUUUGACGAGUCACCUAAUACAAUUCAAAAAUUGAAGUUGACCACAAGUGAAGAGCUCAAUGUUUACCAAAUAUUUUUGGAUACAGUAUUGAAAGUUUGCCGUAAUCUUGGUUGUCCUUAUUCAUGUCAUGAAGGUCAUUCAUCACAAUCUGAUGCUGGACGAAAAGAGAUUGUUUAUAUGUUAACCCUUCUUUAUCAUACAAAUGAAAAUGAAUUCAAUGAUUUUUUGAAAGAUAUGGUAAUCCGCCGGCCACUCCAAGAGGUUGUUGAUACAUUUCAUUCGUUCCUUGGUUUCUGCUCAGAAAGGUCUCCAAUUAUAUCACCAAAUAGCUCAACUCGAAACCGACCAGUCAAUGGAUUAUGCAGUGGACUUUCAACUGGCCCUAAUGGACUAGCGGCAGGAUUUGCCCAUAUUGGUAAUCAUAUAGGAAAUCAUGGGCGAACUGGAUAUGCCAAUAACUUUGGUGCUGGUUUCAAAAGAUUAGAUGUUUCAGGUGUUGAAGGAGUAAUUAUUAAUUGUGUAUUCAAUUCAUUAAUUACUCGCUUAGUUGGUAUGGAAAAGGAAUUGAAAGCACAAGAAAAUAUGUCCAUUUAUUGUGAUAUAAGGCAAUUGAUUGGUUACAUUCGAGACAAUCAUGGAGGUACAUUUCGGCAAGUUGCCUUGAGUGGUCUGCUAGAAAGCCUUGAAAGUGUUUCAACCCGUAAUAAGCCAGCUUCAGAAUCAGGUCGUCCUCUCCCAGGUAGAUCAACGUUAGGAAAGACAACUGGAAGUGAACCUGAUAUUGGGUCAGAUCUUCGAGCAGCAUAUACACCAAGUCCAUUUAUGUUCACUGGAACUCCAAUUGAAACCAAUGAAAGUGAGAAAAGUGCAUCUCAUAGAAAGUCUUUCUUUCGUAAAAAGAAUAGCAAUGUAGGAAUUAAAAAAGCUCCAAGUAAUCAAAGUAUAUUUGAAGAUUAUCCAAAUUUUAUAUGGUCUGGUGGUGGUGGAGGAAGUGGUGUUGAAGAAAGUACAAGUGGUCCAGAAGGUCCAUUAGGUGUUGGAGGCAGUGGAAGUGGAUCAGGAAACUUGGGACUGUCCAUGCCAGCAACUAAUCUUUCAGUAAGUCAUUCAAGUACUCCUGCCUUAUUAAGAAUUAACAGAUCAGCAUCACCACGAAUGAGUAUAACUGAUGAUGACUUAUUACUUCAAAAAUCAAUUAAGAUGACCCCUGGAACCGACAAGGGCGAAUUUAAUCUAGUCAAUUGGUUGAAAGGAGACAAGUCUAGCAAAGGAGGAGGACAGUCUGAUGUAUUUAUUCCUACAUCUGAACUAUUUUCAUCUGGACCUGUUGGUGGGCAAAGUGGGAUGACCGGACCUUCAAGUGCCUUAUUCAAUGAAAAUAGUCUUAACGAAGGCUUGAGAACGUCAUCUGGGAGUAACAUUGCCGAAAAGCUAAGUCGCAGACCAAGUUUCCAAAACCGAACCCCUAAAAUAGGCGGUAAAUCAUCAAGUCAUGUUGGUUCAACGUUCCUGAAGGCUCGUAAAAGAAUGGAAGAUCAAUUUAAAAAUGUUUUUGGCAAAGGUAGAAGUAAACAAGGGAGCUUUGAAGAUAAUUUAGAUUCUCUCAAACGACGUGAUUCUUUUGAAAUGGAUGGAAUUUAUCGUCAAGAAGAGACGAUUUCAUAUCGAGAUAAUCGUUUGAUUUGUAUGCCAGCCAUUAGAAAUGGAAUGAUUAAAUUCGCUUUUCUACUGGAAACUUGUUCUCCUGGAACUCUUCCAGAUCCUCCGUUAAUCGCCGCUGUUCUUGAUAUUAAAGCACCGGUUUUAUCAAGGGCAGCAUUUUUCUUAGAAUGUGCUCAUUUUGUUCAUCGGUGUAAUAAAGGUUCAUGGCCUAGCUGGAUGAAACUUAAUUUUCCCAUUUUUCGACCUGGAGCCGUUAAAAGUGGAUCAGGAUCUUGUCUUAGGGAUAGAGCUUCACAAAGUCUCCAUAGAAAUGCUGGACGAAUGUUUUAUCUCUGGGCUGAAGCUUUAGGAGCUCAUUUGGAAGAGAUAGUUUUCAAUGAGAAAAAUAUUUCCAAAGAAGAUGAAUCAAAUGUUAACCAAGAUGAAAGUAAAAGAAAACAAUUAAAGAAUGAAGAAGAUUGUGAAGAUUUUCUCAUUGAAUCAUCAAUCAGUCAAGCUGGAAAUGAUUGUCCAUUCUCAUUGAAAAUGGCUGCUUGUUGUUUGUUGUUUGAAAUAACUGCUUUCCUUCGGGAGACCCAUCAAUAUUUACCCAAUCGUGCCUCUAAAUCAUCGAUACGACAACCAAGUACAUUUGAACCACGAACCAUGACUGCUAAUAGACGCUGGAGCAUGGCUUUAAGUAGCCUUGGUUUUAGUCAAACAUCAGCCCAUAGUUUAAUAUCACUGGCUGAACAAACUUAUGGACAAGCUCAUCAUCCAGGUGACAGAAGGAUUAGUUUUGUCUUACAUGAAGCUGAUGGUGAAAAUAAUUCUGACCAUAGUAGCAAUACCACGGUUACUGGAACCGACGGUGACCCACAAGGAGGAAAAGGAGGAGAAACUGCUGGAAAUGAUGAUCCAAAGAAACCGCUUAAAAGAGCAUCUCAAAGCUCUGCUCAACCAACUCGUCCUCACCUUCUUCGUCGGGCAACAGGCACCGCAUCAAAUAAUGGCCCUCAUAGUGGAAGUUUUAAGCGUCGCUCCAUCAAACUGAAGCGUAAUCAAGAUCGUAAAUCAAAACAGCGUUCAUCAACAAUUGUCAUUGAAGAUGAUGAAGACUCAACUGGAUUAACUAAUAAUUUGAUACAACGAGCAGAUAGUUUACGAUCAAGACGUAAAGUGAGUGGAAUCUCUGAGAAAAGUGACACAAGUGAACGCGCUGAUAUCAGUGGAGAGGAAUCACCUGGAGUGAUGUCUGACGAUGGACAAACUUGUGAUCCCAAUGAUAUGCUAUCAGCUGAUGAUUCUGAGAUUAUUCGGAAUAUGCCGUGGUUAAAGGUUAUCAUUAAUGUGAUCAAUAGUCUUGACUUUGAAUGUAAUCAUAAAAACUUUUGUAAUACCAAUUGUUAUCAUCGGUCAAUGCGAUCAUGUUCACGGUUAAUCAAGGUAAUCAAAAAGGUUUAUGAAGAGCCAGAUGUUGUACCGUCAAUUGAUUCAAUUGUUAGGGUUAUUGAUGAUAAAGAAGAUGCUCUUAAGAAGGAAAAGAAAUUUAAAAAGAUAAUAACUGGACCAAGCUCGCCUUUAAGACGUAAAUUAAGUGCAACUCACAAUGCAGAUCGUUAUGUUGACAAGGACAGUUUCUUGAAGACUCAUUCAUUACACAGUUCAACUGGACUUUUGUCACACCAUGAUAUUGAAGCUGGAGCAACUGGUUCUGGUUAUGGUGAUUCAUCAAUCAGAAAAUAUGGUUCAACAAAAUCAAGCCACUCUGAGCCAACUAAUCCAAGUUUAUUGUUCAUCAACAAUCAUGUUAAAAAUUUAUUUCACUCUUCAAUUUCAGCUUUAAUCAAAGGAUUUUUAAAUUUAUCAGCACCAUCAAUUGAUUCGCUUCUUUCCCUUUCAUGGAAAAUGAUUCUUGAGACUGAUCAAGAUGUUCGUACAUCAUGUUCAGUUGCAUUUAUUAUAGCUGCAGUCAAAAGUCCAGAGUAUGCGUCCAAACUACUUUCAGAUGAAUUAUCUUCAGAAGAUCCUUCUAAUCGAAUCAAAGCAAUUAAUAAAUUUUAUGCCAUUUGGAGGGCUCGUCAUCAAUGUUGGCAACGAAUGGAAGAUGGAGCCCACUUAGUGUUCAAAGUGCCUCCACCAGUGAUUGAAUUUACUUUGCCAUCACCAAAAAUUGCAUUACCCACCAUGCCAGUUGCUGAUCCACCUUGGAUGCCACCAACUAAAUCAAAAGUUGAAGAGGUAACCAUCAGUCAGGAGCAAGUGUUACAAAAAUCUUUUGUCACAGCAACCAAAACUCGGCGUAAACAGCAAAUUGAAUUGGUUAACAAGGUAUUACAGGACGAAGAAGCUAAAUUGCGUGAAGAGAGGGAAAAUUAUCGCAUCUCAUCUGUUCCAACUUGUAAUGAAGCUGCUUAUGAGCCUGCAUUAUUUCGAGCUGAUGAACCUGAAGAGGGUGAUGAAGAUAUUGCCACAGAGAAACCCGCUUCUCACCAUAAACAGGUUGCACAAGCAAUAUUUCCGUCUUGUCUUUGUUCAGCGGCCAUUACAAUUAUAAAUUUACUCAAUGAUCCACAAGUAAGUGGUACUGGAUCAGCAAUAUAUGAGGUUGCCUACAAGGUUGUGUGGCAUUGUUUAGUUGAAGACACAGUUCUCUUUCUUCGUCAUCUUUUUGAAAAGUUAACCAGAGAAGGACAAAAAAUGAUCUUCCAAAUACUUCGUCGAUUAAUACGUUUCAUGCCUCGACUUCCCGCUCAAGCAGCAUAUACUCUGUAUAAUUAUCUUAUUGGUUUUAUCAUGUUUUACGUUCGUUCACCAGUCGAGGGAAGCCAAGAAAUGAUUGGUACAACUUUGUCCGUUCUUUGGUUGGUUAUUCCCUGUGUUCAUGGUUUGUUUCUUAAAGAUUUAAAACAGGUUUUUCGUAAGGAGCAGUGUGAUGCUACUUUAUUAAUCACUGCGAACGUUCCAAGUGCUAAAAAGGUUAUCGUCCACAGCAAUGAUGCUGCCACAAUUCCUUCCCAAUUUCCUAUUCAUGAAGACACUCAAUUUUAUCAGGUUCUAAUUGAUAGUUUAGAUACAAUGAACAUUGAUCUAUCUCUAGUCAAUGAAUACUUCCUCGUGGACACCAAAACAAAUCAAAUGCACAAUUUAAAUGCUUAUGUUAGAGAUUUUUAUUUCUUCAAAAGAUCACAAUAUCCACAAUUAUCUUUAGUACGAAUGAAUCCAGCUGAAGCAUACGAGAAACUUCAACAACAAGCUUUCAAAUUACAAUUUGUUGAGCUUGGAAAGGUUUUAAUGAGCUUAUCCAUUGUAAAAUCUCAAUAUCUGGCAAUACAAAGAGUUUUGUUUUUACAUGAUGAAUUGAUGAAGCUACCAUCUUUUCCUCGUAAGGCUUUAGAGGCUAAUUUUAAUUUGUACAAAGGUCCAAUGGGUAAACAAAUGCUUGGUAUGGAUACUUUACAUAAGAUUGUAUGGGUUAAAUUAGUUAGUCGUAUGCUGGAGGUCACUUCAGGCUUUUUUGCUCAGUCCGCUGAUAUUCACCUGUUUCUUAACGUUGUCAAUGGAACUUUGGUUCUUCAUUGUGAGGAUGCCGCUGUCCUUCGCCUUUCAAUGGCUACUUUCUUAAAUGCUGCUCAUCAAUUUAAAAAUAUCUUCUCAGUAAAUGGUUAUCUUCUUAUUAUGCCAACUCUGCUUCGCAUUUAUUCAAAUCAUCAAACCAAUGGGCUUCUCUGUCGAACUAUUGAAUUUGUUUGUAAACAGUUUUACAUACUUCAUCGAAAACCUUUCAUACUUCAGUUGUUUGGUAGUGCAGCUCCCAUUUUGGAUAUUGAUAGCUCAAGCUCAAUCGGUGAUGCUUCCAGAGUUCAGCCAAAAGCAUUUUUUCAGCUCCUUCAAUCUCUCGGUCAAUAUAUUGUUGAUCCAUUGGAUAUUCUUGAACUUGUGGAUGCAGAAAAACCUUUAAAGGCUCUUGAUUUUUGUUAUCAAAUGGAUCCCGAGGCCUUAACUAUUCUUGAUGCAGUUUCAUUGUGUGUAACUGUAGCUGCUUAUGCUGCUGAUUCUCAACGAGGACACCAAAUGCUGACCAUUUUAGAAACAAUACUUCCUUUAUUUAUGAAACAUAUGCAAAAUCUAACAAUGAAGAAAGAGACUCCGGGUGGACCUAAAACAGAGCUUCAAAUGAUUCAUAAUAUUUCUGUCUGUAUAAAAACACUUAUCCGUAAUUGUGAGGCCUUAACAAGAAAUUUCACGGGACCUCAAAGAGCAAUAGAUUUGAGAGGAUCAAGUAUGAAAAAUACUUCACGAGGAGCUUAUUCACCUCCAAUCGAUGUAGACGAAGAUAGCCAUUCAAAAUUUAUGGGCGAUAAUUAUUUUCCAACUCGAUCAAGACAACAACAUGGUGAUGAAGAUUCUGAUAUAAUUAGAGCAGAUUUCAGACGACCUAGGGAUACUUUACUCAAUAUUGUGACAGAGUUUUUGACUCGUUCUGCCGUUAGAUUGGCUGAUUUGAGUAAAAAAGUUCCUGAUCUUCAUCAGAAAAAUUCAUCAUACGAACUGUUGGAUGUAAAAUGUCAUCUACGACUUGCCGAAGUUGCUCAUGCUUUACUUAAAGUAAGCCCAUACGACCCUCAAACUAUGGCUUGUCGAGGUUUAGUUCGCUAUAUGAAUGAAGUUCUGCCCAAUUCGGAAUGGCGUCAAGAAUCAAUGAGGCCAGCAUUAAUCAUGAUUCUUCGUCGACUCGAUAAAAUGUUCAAUAAAAUUGCCAAGCAAGGAGCCAUUAAAAGAUUAACUGACUGGGAAGCAGCAAAGCGUUUAUUGAAAGGAGUGUAUUCAACUUUUCUGAAGCAUCCAUACAUUGUUCAUCUACCUCAUCUUAAAUCUCUUAUUGCUGUCGGACAAAGUAUUAUUUUAGGUGAUUCGGGUAAUUCAGGAUUAAUAGGUGACAAUAUACCUAGUCAAUCUUCAUGGGCCAUGGCCUUAUCUCAAUCACCACCACCAGGUUUUUGUUCAGUUGCCGUUAGACUGAUUGCCAUGCAGUUAUUACAAUUAGGAGAGACUCAAACCCUAGAAACCAUUUGUUCAGGAGCAUUUACCAAUCCAGAGAAAACCGAAAUUUAUCUAUUGAACAUGAUUUAUCCAAUGUGUAUUCGUAUCUCUGGUGGACUGAACAAUGUUCCAAAACUUCGUCCCUGUGAUAUUACAUUUAUACUUUCAGUUAUUCUAAACUCGUUAAAUCCAUCAUCCAAAAUAGGAGGUAGCAGUGGAUCAAAAUCAGCUGAAUCUUCAUAUUUACAUUCUCAUGCAGCCUUUCAAUCUUCCCUUCAACAAAUUGGUCUUUUAGGCUUGAAAAUAAUGAUGGUUUGCUUUGAGAGACAAUUAUCCAAUGAUUGGUAUCGAAUUGCUCGUUGUAUUCGUGAAAAUGCUGAUAAGAAUUUUAAAGGUGUUACAUUCUGGAAUUUUAUUGAUUUCGUCGUUACUCAUCGAACUCCACUUUUCGUUCUUCUCCUUCCUCUUAUUCGUUAUAAAUUGUUGCAAAAAAUUUGUGAUAAUGAUCAAGAAUACUUUUAUCAGCAAUUGAUUCGAUGUAAACUGGAGGGACAAAAUAUGCCUCAUUGUCGAAGUAGAGGUCAAUUAUUAGUCUGUCUGUUUGCCGAGCUUCGUGGACUUAAAGAUGAUCUAGUCAGCUCAAAGAUGGGAAUAGAUGAAAAGGCCAAGCCAACAACUCAUGGAAUCAGUCAUCGCCUUAGUUUUACAUUUGCUUCAUCGCUUCAUUCAGGAGUUUCUAGAGGUCAACCUCCAGCAUCAUCUUCUCAAGCUUCAGCUGAAGAACCCUCUGAUCAUACAGCUGAAGGUCAAUCAGUAUCAAACGCUCCUGGAGUUCCUAAGCGGCCAUCUCUUUUAAGAGGGUUAAGCUUCCGUAUCGAUAGGACAAAUUUAAAUAGAGGAACCAGUGUUAAGCUUCCAAUGGAAAAUAAUGCAGAUAAAAGCAAAUUAUUGGGUAAUUUUAUAAGAAGGACAAGUUAUCCAUCUAAUCCGUUAGAUAAAUCUGAAACUAAAGGCGAAUCAAAAGCAAAUGGAACUGAACAAACUCAAUCAGAACCUCGUUUAUUCCGUCAAUCAACAGUAGAUGGUCGCAAAAUAGGGAACCGUCGUGAUCAACUGAAGAAAAAGAUGAACAGUAAUAGUCUUGAAGAUGAUCCAUCUAGUAAGAAGGAGGAUAGAUCUGAAAGCUCUGAUCAAGAAGCAAAUCGACAGGAUUCUACUGAAAAUGAUGAUAUUGAUAGACCUAAACAUCGACUACAACGUCAAAAAGCUCAAAGUAGAAAAACAUUUCGUUUCAGAAAAUCACGUAAAGGAGCAGGUUUUCUGAAUCCUUCCAAUGUUGAUGAAACUGGUAGUGAUGAACCAUCAACAACAGUAUUAACUCAAUCUGGAUCGUUGAAACUUAAAGCAGUGACUAAGGUGAUCGAAUCAACGGGAUUAUCCAAGAAACAAGAAAGCCAAAAAGAUGAGACCAAAGAGGAUUCAUCAUCAGCCAAAAAUUGUGAUAACAAUGAAAACAGUGAAAAUAUUGUUCUCUUGGAUAAACUGACUUCCAUCCAAUCUGACUCACUUCAAGUGUAGCCCUUUUAAAUAAUAUUUAGUUGGUCAGAAAAAUCAGCCACAAAUCAAAUGCUUGUCCAAAAAUUCCAACUGUUUUUACAAUUGAAAGGCAAAUCAAACAAAUGAACAAAUUGAUAAGAAACAAAAUCAAAUACAAUUGUAAUUCAGAUGAAGCAGCAACACAAAGCAAAGCAAGUUUAUCCAUUACAACCUCCUUUUGUCAGCAAACCCUUUUUUCUGUCUCUUUCAAAUUUGGCUAAUUUAUACGUCCCAAAAUCAGCAACGAAUCAAUAACAAAGGCAAUCUUUCAGUUAUUUUUUUCUCUGUUAAUCUACAGCUGGAAGAUUUUACUUUGAAAAUCAGUGAUCAUAAAGUUAUCACCUUUUUUUUCUUGAUUGACUGGUUAUUAAUUAUUCAUUGAUAAAUAUUAUUAGUUAGAACUAAUUGAAUGAGAAAUAAGGAAAAGAAAAUGCUAUAAGAAAACAAUAUUAUCUUUUUAGGAUCGUCACAAAGUUACCCAUUUACACUAGUUAGCGCCAAUUAAUUGAUUAUUUAGUUGUUAAACAAUCCAGUUGUCAGUGUAAAACAAUAGCAUCUUUUUAAAUUGAAAUCAACUGAAAAUGAUCAAAGGAUUUUAUUAUAAAACUGAAAUCAUUCAAUAAGUUAAUCCAAAUAAUGAAAAACAAAAAAGCUGAUCACAUCGAUUCGCAUUCGAAAGCGCAACAAUUCAAAUUAAAUUGCGAUAAUUUUAAUUUUGAUUGUUUAUCAUUCACAAGCUUAUAUUAUGAUUUAAAUUGUAACAAUAUUCUUGAUCGUUAUCACUAUUAUCAUGAUCAUGUUAAAGCAAUAUUCUAUGCUUUAUUCUUCCAACAACUCAAAAAAUCCAAAAGAUAUUAAACCUUUUCUUUUCCUUUCUCAAUUCUCAUUGUAACUAAAGGACUCAAAUAAAUUAUUAACUUAAUUAACAGUCCAAUUCGAGCUUAAUUGGCUCAUUAACAUUUUUCUCUCAUAAUUAACCGACAUACAUCGACUAAAUUAUUUUCAGCAAAGCUCAUAUUCAAUCCUACAAUUCAAUCUACUUACAAUAACGUUAACUGUUGAAACAAAUGAUAAUUCCUUUCCAAUUUUAUCAAAUAGAUUAAAGUAAAUCAUUUCACAUCUAAUA